CGGCGCUUUCCUCUGCCCUGAUCUGCCUGGGUCCACCUCUUCCUUCUUCCCGCCCCUUUGCUAUCCUCACCGCCGAGGCGCUUGUCGGCUUCUCCGGCUUUUCCCUCACCAGCAUGCAGGUUUUCCAGUACCCCGAGGUGUUCCGCGACGAGACCUCCGCAUUUGUAGAAGCCCAAAAUAAAAUAACUGUGCCCUUCCUUGAACAAUGCAGUGUCCGGGGGCUAUUUAAAGAGCGAAUGACUGAACUAUAUGACUAUCCCAAGUAUAGUUGCCAUUUCAAGAAAGGGAAAAGGUAUUUUCACUUUUAUAAUUCUGGACUUCAAAACCAACGAGUGUUAUAUGUGCAAGAUUCUUUGGAUACUGAUGGCAGAGUAUUUCUUGAUCCUAAUAAGCUUUCAGAUGAUGGCACUGUGGCUUUACGAGGUUUUGCAUUCAGUGAAGAUGGGGAAUAUUUUGCAUAUGGCUUGAGUUCCAGUGGAUCAGACUGGGUAACGAUUAAAUUUAUGAAGGUGGACAGUGCUGAAGAACUUCCAGAUACAUUGGAAAUGGUAAAAUUCAGUUGUAUGGCUUGGACACAUGAUGGCAGAGGCAUGUUCUACAAUUCUUACCCCAAAAGCGACGGCAAAAGUGAUGGCACUGAAACAUCAACCAAUUUGCACCAGAAACUAUACUAUCAUGUCCUGGGAACCGACCAGUCAAAAGAUGUUUUAUGUGCCGAAUUUCCUCAUGAGCCAAAAUGGAUGGGUGGAGUAGAGGUAUCUGAUGAUGGGCAGUAUGCUUUGCUUUCUAUACGGGAGGGAUGUGAUCCAGUGAACAGAUUGUGGUACUGUAAACUACAGAAGGAAUCAAGUAAUAUAACAGGUCUUUUGCAAUGGGUGAAACUGAUAGACAACUUUGAUGCAGAAUAUGAGUAUGUCACCAAUGAGGGAACAAUUUUCUCCUUCAAGACAAAUCGAAAUGCUCCAAACUAUCAAUUAAUCAACAUUGAUUUUACUGAACCUGAGGAAUCAAAAUGGAAAGUGCUGAUUCCUGAGCAUGGAAAAGAUGUUCUAG